CUCUUUUCUCACAUUCCAUCUCAUUCCAUCUCUUUUCCCACUCUACCUCUCCUCCCAUCUCUUCUUCGAAAACCAAAUCGUCAUUCCUACACAUCGACCAUGUCUCCUGCAACUUAUUUCCCGGAAAAGCUCUGGCUUUCCAAAUCCAUCACCUUCUCUUCCCCCUCUUCCCCUUCUUCCUCUACGUGGAUAAUAACACGAAAAAUCAACGAAAAAGCCUAUCCUUUCGACGAAGAAGACGCGAAGGAGUUUCUUGAACCACCUUCUGCUUGUGCAACGUUCGAGUGUACCAACUCGGAAUCUGCACUUCAGAAAGGGGUUAUGCAGGUGGACAUGCAGAUUCCCUACGAGGGAACUGAAUAUUUGCCAGAGUCUGACCGCGUGAAGCAGGCAACCGGAAAAUUCUCCCUCGGCAUGAGUCUUGAAAUCCGGGCCUAUGAGCUUCUCGACCAAACUUCCUCAAAAUAUACUCCGAGGCUGAGGGGACAUAUGCAGGCAAAACAAGCCAGUGAUUCUGCUUUUGUUCCAGAGGGCAGUAUCCAAUACCUGGUUUACACUGCAGUCCCUGGAAUCCCUCUUGGUGAUGGUUGCUGCCACCGCCGUAAAGAUGGGAGAAAUCAGUCCGACGGACCCUACUGGGAAUUCUCUUCCGAAGAAAGGGAGGAAAUACGCACUGCUUUUCAUGAUGCGUAUAGAGAAAUGCUCUUUGCGGGGGUUGACAUGCCUAGCCAGGGCCUCCAGAAUCUUUACUGGGAUGAAGGCGAUCGAAGACUUUAUAUCUACGGACCGUUUGAGCCAAUGAAUACGGGUAUUCGUGGGUAUUCAUCUCAUACUCCGACUGAUUUCGGCCCCUUGGUUCUGCGCUCAUGGGGGUUGGCUAUAGCUCCUAGGGGUAAGGUCGAUUAUGAUGUCGCCAUCGCCGAUCUGGAAAAUUCAGGUUGGGUUCUUUGAGCGUCUCGUCUAGAUACAGCGUGGGUUACCGCGCCUGGAUUAUUCUAGUAGUACCAUACAAAUGUGGAGUUCCACAUUUGGCUAGGAAUCU